UCUUUUUCCCUCAUAAAGUCGUCGGCCACCGAUGUAAUUAUGAGGACGCCUUAGAUCGUAGUCGUUUCCGAUAAAAGCUCUUUCGGCUCGUACGUACUUUGUGCUUUGUCCGGGUGACAUACAUCUCACGAAAAUCCCCGAGGUUCGACCGUUCACUGUGAAGCUGUAUCGACGAGCUACGAGUCAUGCAGCUCGAUACACAGCGGCAUCAAUCACAGGUGUAGACGUACAGUGCUACAUCACUCCGUCGUCAUACCACCAUCUCCGAAGCGAUUGCCUGUCGGCGGCUGAUGAUCAGUACCUGAAGACAGAGUGUGUGUGCGCAAGAUUUCCAUCAGUAAGACUUUUCCAACAUGCCGACGACCGCUUUCGAUGACAAGUCGGAGCAUUGCAUUCCGUUCAUCCUGGAAUGUCUGGAUGCACAUCGGACUCGGUAUGCCGAGCAGCGAGACGGCCCUGCACCGAACCAGCCGCCGCCGCCGCCGCCGCUCUUCCUCGGCGUCAAUGGCAUUCAGGGCUCCGGGAAGACUACACUGGUCGCGACAUUGCAAGAGACGCUCACCUCUCCUAGCUACGAUCUGACCACGGUGGUCUUCUCCAUCGACGACCUCUACCUCCCUCACGACGAACAAGUCGCCUUGGCUCGAUCGCAUCCCACGAAUCCGCUCGUCCAGCACCGGGGAGUCCCCGGCACUCACGAUAUUCGCGCCGGAGCACAGCUUUUGCAAGCCUUAACUCGACAGGAAACAGACGUCUCUCUUCCCAGCUAUGACAAGAGCGCAUUCUCAGGGGCAGGAGACCGCCGUCCGCGGAGCGAGUGGACCAUCGUCAAUCCUGGCGGUCAGCGACCCGUCGAUGUGGUCAUCAUGGAGGGAUGGUGUGUGGGCUUCCGCGCCCUGCCGGAUGAAGAGUUGCUGUCCCGAUGGCGAAGCGCUCAUGAGAAGGCGACCUCGACGGCGGGAAGCGACGAAUACGAAGGCCAGCUCGGACGGGUGAAGCUGGAAGACGUGGCGUUCAUCAACGACAGUUUGCGGGCGUACGACGACCUCACUGAUAAACUCGCGGCUUUGAUUUACAUCGAUGCGGAGGACACUCGAUUCGUAUAUGCCUGGCGUCAGGAGCAAGAGGCGGCGCUCCGAGCGGCGAAAGGCACCGGCAUGACCGAUGAGCAAGUCGUCGGAUUCGUCAACGGCUACUAUCCUUGCUAUGAGCUCUACAGUUCUGCGUUGAGAGGAGGUAUCUUUUCCACUGCUGGCAAGACGGGCCGCCAGCUUCACCUCGUCGUGGGCCGGGAUCGACGUCUGCGGGAUGUGCGCCGAGUGCACGGUAGCUGAUGAGCGAGGCUGGGUGACCGGAACAGGAGGCGAUGAGAUGUGUGCAUCGCUACGGAGAUGGCUCCGCGCUAGAUCACCAGAGCUAUUAGGGGAAUGAAUCCUACCGUCCUGGAGGGCAUCAGUCCAAACUUGGCGGUGAAGAGGCAGUGAAGACCAUGACUGAGUGAGUGC